AUGGAGGAAUCAGAACCAUCUUUGAAAGACCUGUUCAAUCAAGCAAAGGCUCGACUAGAUGAAUUGGACAGCCUCGACCCUCGAAGCCCUACAUUCAAAACUGCCUUGCAAUCCAUUAUUGACCAGCUCCAGCAAUGUCGCAAACUUGUACAACAACUCUCUCUUUUUAGCACAAAUGAGGAAGCUGAGGAUAUAGCCACACAGGACCUUCAGUAUCUCACCGUAGAUUACACAUUGGCAGAGUUGAAGACAAAGGCGUAUGGCGAAGACCGGCAGUUGUCGCUGCGGGAGUCAUCCCAGUUACUGGAAGAUUUCUUAACUCGGCUGGAUCACUACGGACUUCUGGGCAAAUCGGAUCGCCAACUCUACGAACGGUUCCUGGAACAACGAAACUCUUUCAGGAUAAUAUCCUCCAAUAACCCGGAGGAGAAACGAAAAAUCAAAAUCGCCCGAUUUCGAGAGGAGAAAUCCGUGAAACAAAAAUUGGAGGACUUGAGAAAGGAGUCUCAAAAAUCGAAUAUUGAUGACGAAACUAUUCGGAGCCUGUAUUUGGCAGAAAUCGCACUCUCAGUCAACAGAGCUUUCUCAUCCUUGGACAUGAUAACUCAAGAAUUGCAAAUUCUAUCACAGAUGCACCAGGCUGAUCCAGUCCGAGCUGGGCCUUCUCCCGGUCAAAGAAUCCCAGACAGAUCCGAUGGCUACUCCGAAGGGCUCGACGGCCCCGCCGCAAUGGCAGGACUUGGGAGAAGAGGAGGUCCUUUACUCAGUCCCAGCGGCAAACCGCUCCAGCCCUUUACCCUUACCGACAAGCGAACUCAGCUUCUCCAGGGUGUUUUCAAACCCAGCCAUAACCUUCCGACAAUGAGUAUUGAUGAAUAUCUCGAGGAGGAGCGACGAAGAGGGGGUAUUAUCGACGGUGGCGGAAAUGUUAAUGCCCCUCAGCCAGAACCAGAUGAGGACAAUAUGGAACAAGUUGAUGCGGCCACCAUGAGAGCGCGUGAGUGGGAUGAAUUUGUCGAAGCCAAUCCCAAAGGCGCUGGCAAUACUCUCAAUCGAGGAUGA